AAUAUAUUUGACGGCUUUGACAGCUGUUUUCAGUUUGCAACUGUCAAAUUUUCUUAAUUCUGAAAUUAAGAAAAAUGUCUUUAGUAAAUACAAGCAGGAAAUUUGCGCAAAUUUGCGCCACCAAAAACCCAAUAUUAUUCACAGCCAUUAGGAAUCAUUGGAAUAAGGACUUCAAGCCAGCCGCAUUCCCAAAAACUCAAGAAGAGCGAAAUGCUGCAGCUGAAAAGUAUGGACUUAUCUCUUCCGAGUACAAGCCCUAUGCAAAUGAUGGAACUGGGAUGGGAGAUUACCCAGAACUUCCUUUAACUUCUGGAGAUUCCAGAGAUCCACAUUACCCUUGGGAUAAUCCUGAAUUGAAGAGAAACUUUAAUGAGCCUCUUCAUGCAGAUUUUGAAAUGUAUGGAGAAGACAGAUAUGAUGUUAUGUUCAAACACAGGACGCCAGUUUAUAAGCAAUUCUUUCAAUUUACUGGAGUAAUGCUGGGCAUCUUUAUUGUUUAUGGAGUCUGCGAAAACUUUAAAAUGUUCCCAGGUCUAAUUCCAAAGCAAUAUCCUCUUCAAGGCAAGAAGCAUUACACUUUUGAAGUUGAAGAGUAAUUAUCACUAUGAUGUGUAGAUUGAUGUAAAUAAACAUAAGUUAAAAAAUAAAUGCAUUAACUUUUAA